ACUCGGUGUCGGGAUCGGAAUCUCGGUGUCGACAAACCGUAUCCGAGCAGGGCUUGGUACUCAGUUCCCAGAUGUUUGACGAUGCCAUAAAAAGGGCGAGGAUGCUUGACUCCCAUCAAUCUGUAGGCUGUAGCCUAUCUGGAGAAGGGAGCAGCAGGCCAUGGCCAAGAAGAGCAGGCCGACGUCGCUCUUGCCGGACGACGUCGUCGGCGAGGUGCUGCUGCGCCUGCCGUCCAAGUCUCUCGCGAGGUUCUUCUCCGUCUGCCGCUCCUGGAAGCACCUCAUCUCCUCGCCCGCCUUCGUCGAGAGCCACCAAGCGCUGGCGGCGGCGAAGCGGCCCACCAAGUUCGCCUUCGCACCGACGGCGCCGCCGCACCGAUGGAGCCUGUCCGCCUGCUAUGACGCGCCCUGCGACGAGUGCCCGAGGGUCAUCGGCCACAAGCCCUGUCGCGGCCUCGUCCUCCUGGGCCAGCGGUGCACGCGCACCUACUCCGUGUGCAACCCUUCCACCGGCGGCCGCCUCCGCCUGCCGCCGUGCCUCACGGGCUACCCCUACAUCAAGAGCAGCGCGGGGAUCGGCUUCCACGAGCCCACCGGCGAGUACAAGGUGGUCGUAAUCGCCCCAUCCACGGACUACCGGCCGAAGCGCUGUGAGGUGCUGACCGUCGGCGACCCCGCCGGCUGGAGGGCGCCGGCGGGCGGGAGCUCGAGCAUGCCCCGCACCUUGGACGUGGAUGUCAAACUGGACCCGGUGCUCGCGGACGGCUGCCUCCACUGGCAGCUCGGCUGCAGGAACUACUCGGAGCACCACGGCACCGUCAUCGUCUUCUCGCUCGCCGGCGAGUCCUUCCGCCUCGUGCCGCUGCCGCCGUUCGCCAACGACGAUGUCCGCAGGUGCUACCUCGACGAGAACAAACGGCUCCCCACCGCGAACCCCCGGAAGCCGGCCUACAUAAGAUGCACGACGCCGGUAGGCCCCAUCCUCGCGGAGCUUGGCGGGCGCCUCUGCAUGCUGCGCGACCUCCGCCACCGCCACGAUGUGGACGGCACCUUGGAGGUGUGGAGGCUCGACGACUAUGACUCCGGCGCGUGGUCCCUGAGCUACCGUGUCGACCUGGCCGAGCACGCCGCGAAGCGGCUGAUGACGACAUGGUUCGUAGCGCCGCUCUGCUACCUCGCCGGCGACUGUGACUCCUCCGAUCGGAUCAUGCUCGCCACCACUAUGCAGGAGGUCCACGUGUAUGAUCCCAAGACCCGUACGCUUGAGACGGUGCUUUCUGUGGUCAAUGUUGGUGAAGCUGCGACAAGUCCAGAACGCGAGAAUGUUACUGAUGAAGUUCAGCAGGGAUCCCCAUUUUCCUUAUAUGAUGACCGUAGCGAGGAUUUGCCGAGUUCAAAAGAUUACCUACGCUUCGUGAUGUUCCAAGAAAGCCUCGUCCAUCUGGAAGGAAUGGAAUACGGCAAUAGUGAGCUCGAAAUACUGGAUGCAUGUGUAAGUGACAAGUACUGUAUAUAUGUAUGA